GAGUUCACUGAAAUAUCGCAAAAGCCGGAUCCAGAUGAAAAGAAACAUACAAAUACACUGUUCAGAUGAGUUGAAGGCACUUCAAAAAAGAAUUGAAGACAUAAAGAGGCGAUUGCAACCAUCAGCAAAUACAUGUCAACCUUGUAUACCUCCAAAGAGGGAAACUUUGCGUACCCGUGAAUCAAGAAACAUGUCAGCAGAGCAGACCGAGGAUUUGAAGGCAUUUGAAAGAAGACUAACUGAAGUAAUUGACAAACUACAACCUACAGCAAGGCUUUGGAGAAUGGUACUCAUUGUUAUCUCUGUGUGUACAGCUGUAGGAGCCUGGACCUGGCUCUGGGACUCCCAAACAAAACAGAUCUCACUUACUCAGUCCUUGAUGAAUCAUCCAUUUUUCACAAUCAGCUGUUUUUUCCUCAUUCUUCUGUUUCUUUGUGGAAUCCAUAAAAGAGUUGUUGCACCCUCAAUUAUUGGAUCCAGGUGUCGGCAAGUUUUAACAGACUUCAAUAUGUCAUGUGAUGAGACGGGGAAGUUAAUUCUAAAACCACGACACAUAUAGCAUCUGCACGUGACUAAAUAUGUCUCACACUCGUUGUGCAUACAGCAACCUACCAUUCUGUUCUGCAGAUUUAUCUACAGAGCAAGCAAACAAAACAAUACAUUUGAUGCCAAGUGAUGAUACCAAACAGCAGUCAGACUUUGGAAUAUCAUCCUGUUGUGACAUCAUAAAGUGCUAAAUAUACACAGACAUUGCUUUUAUCUGAACUAGUUCAUAAAUUAUACCAAUUUGUUGUUACUUAUCAUGUGUUCAAAAACAGAAUUUUGAUGGGUAUGUGUUUAUAUAUAAAAUUAUUGUUGAAAGAAUGAGGGUGAAUUUGAUUUGAUUUUGGUGCACUUGAAAAGUGAAAAAUUCAUUGAUCCAUUCAAGAUAUUUUAGCAUUUCUAUUGAUGUAUCAGGUUCCUAUGAUAUAGCAAAAAAAAAAUAUUUUCCCAGUAUUAUGUUUUGAUAUGCUAAAAUGUGCCUUGAAAUAUGACUAGAUGAGUCAUUUGGUACCAUCUGUUCUUUUCUAUGUGUCCCCAGGCCUGUAGGGAGCAAUUUUACUUUUGGUUUGAUCUUUGCAUGGAGCAUUCAAUCAAGUUGUUUGUCAGCUUGAUUUUACAUACUGAUCUAUUUAAGAUUUUAAAAUAAAAUCAAAUUUUGAUUCUGUUGCACUGAGAGCAAAAGCCAUUUUUUCCUACCCACUAAAACUUUAAUACAUUUGCAUUUAACUAUUUCUUACUUUAUUGAAGUGUUCAACCCUAUGCUAUCCUAUCUGUUAAAAUAAGCAGACUUGAAUAUUGCAAUUUUUUGACAAGUUAUUUCAAUUUCAUGUUACAUUUUCCUAUGUGGAUAACUUUCGUAAUGUCUGUCCAGCUGUGGUCAGCCGACCAAAUUGUCUGCUUGACUGAACAUUCAAAUUAUGAAUGAUUUUUGCAGAUUACAUGCAAUAAAAGCCCUUUGUCUUAGUU